UCUAAUUCUAAUGCCAAAUGAAUUUGCGGCGCCCAACUUCCAAUCUCUCCCUCUCCUUCUCUUUCGCUUUACCUCAACGUGAAAACUGAGUUUAUAUUAGGAGAUGUAUUAAUUAUAUAUAAAUAACUUGUUCUGUGAUGCAUGAACACAUAGCUUGUUUACACUUCAAGCAGGAGAAGAGGAAAUAGAAUUUAAUCAUCUCGGUCAUCGUCAAGAAUGAAAGCUCUCAUUCUCGCUGGAGGGUUCGGAACUCAUUUAAUGCCUUUAACCGUUACUGUACCGAGGGCACUCGUCGAAUUUGCAAACAAACCCAUUAUUCUAUAUCAGAUUGAAGCAUUGAAAGGUGUGGGAGUAAGUGAAGUGGUUUUGGCAAUCAAUUACAAACAAGAGGUUAUUCUUGAAUUUUUGAAGGAGCAUGAGAAAAAGCUUGGAAUUAAGAUCACUUGUUCUCAGGAGACAAAGCCACUGGGCACAGCUGGUUCAUUGGCUUUAGCUAAAGAUAAACUUAUAGAUGGUACUGGUGAACCCUUUUUUGUUCUGAAUUCAGAUGUCAUAAGUGAGUAUCCCCUAAUGGAAAUGAUUGAAUUUCACAAGGGCCAUGGUGGACAAGCUUCAAUUAUGGUAACUGAGGUGAUUGAUCCAUCAAAAUAUGGUGUUGUGGUUAUACGAGAAGCUACAGGGAUGGUGCAAGAAUUUGCUGAGAAACCAUCAACAUUUUCCAGAAAUAAAAUCAAUGCUGGAAUCUACUUGUUGAAUCCAUCUAUUCUUGAUCAAAUUGAACUCAAGGCUACCUCAAUUGAAAAGGAAGUUUUUCCAAGAAUUGCAGAAGACAAAAAACUGUUUGCAAUGUCCUUGCCUGGAUUUUGGAUGGAUAUUGGACAGCCAAGAGAUUACAUUGCAGGCCAAAGACUAUACCUGCAAUUCUUGCAGCAAAAUUCCUCUGCAAAAUUGGCCACAGGACCUAAAAUUGUUGGAAAUGUUCUGAUAGAUGAAAGUGCAGUAAUAGAAGAUGGAUCGCUAAUCGGCCCAAAUGUAGUGAUUGGUCCAGAUUGCAAAAUAGAGUCAGGCGUUAGUCUUUCAUUUUGUACUUUACUGAGAGGAGUUCAUAUCAAGAAAGAUGCUUUUAUCUGCAGUAGCAUUAUGGGAUGGAAUUCAUCUGUAGGAAGAGGCGCCCGGUUGCAGAACAUGACAAUAUUAGGAGAAAAGGCAAAGGUUUGCGAUGAAGUUUUCAGUAAUGGAGCUGUUUUGCAGCCUCAUGAAGAAAUGAAGUCUAGCAUUUUCUAGCUGGAGAUUUGAUUUGACAUGGAAAGUGAAAUACUUCCAAGUUAUGUUUUUAAAUUCUGAUGAGCGGUUUGUGUUGGUAGUGACACUGCCAUGUGAAUUGUUUUUAUGCUUUAUAUGCAAAACUGGAUAAGAUCAAUGCUGUGUUAAUUUUUUUUUAUUAAAAAAGACUUGAUCUUUAUAUUAAUCA